GACGGCCAUCUUAGAGCUACCGCGGUAACACACACUCAUCUUCUGCUGGAUUGUAUUCUCCUGCUCAGAGACACGCUGCGCCUGACUGACGGGGGAAGAAGAAGAAGAAGGAGAAGCAGAAGCCUCUUACUUCACAGCGGUUGAACUCCACGUCGGGAUGCGCUUCCGAGGGAAUACACGAUUUGCCUCCGCUAUCGGACUGGUCCUCGGACUAUUAUGUGCGGCGGAAGCAGCCAAAGUCAAUAAGCACAAACCAUGGAUUGAGACGACGUACCAUGGGAUCGUAACAGAAAACGAUGAGAAAGUGCUACUGGACCCCCCUCUAAUUGCACUGGACAAGGAUGCUCCUCUACGCUAUGCAGGUGAGAUUUGCGGCUUCAGGAUCCACGGGCAGAAUGUCCCCUUUGAGGCAGUGGUCCUUGACAAGUCCACUGGCGAGGGGGUCAUCCGGACCAAGGAAAAGCUGGACUGUGAGCUGCAAAAGGAGCACACCUUCACCAUCCAGGCUUACGACUGUGGAGAGGGUCCUGAUGGUGCCAACAUGAAGAAGUCCCACAAGGCCACCGUCCACAUACAAGUGAACGACAUCAACGAGUAUUCACCCGUGUUCAAGGAGAAGUCCUACAAAGCCACCGUUAUCGAGGGAAAGAAGUAUGACAGCAUCCUGAAGGUGGAGGCAGUGGACGCCGACUGCUCGUUCCAGUUCAGCCAAAUCUGCAACUACGAGAUUGUCACCCCUGAUGUGCCCUUCACCGUCGACAAAGAAGGCUUCAUUAAGAACACAGAGAAACUGAGCUACGGCAAGGAGCGCAUGUAUAAGCUGACUGUGACCGCCUACGACUGUGGAAAGAACCGUGCCUCAGAGGACGUGCUGGUCAAGAUCAGCGUCAAACCCACCUGCAAACCCAGCUGGCAAGGCUUCAAUAAGAGGAUUGAAUAUGAGCCUGGCACUGGUAGCCUGGCCCUUUUCCCCAGCAUGCACUUGGAGACCUGUGAUGAACCAAUCACCUCUAUCCGAGCCAGUAUUGAACUGGAAACCAACCAUAUCGGGAAGGGCUGUGACCGUGACACCUAUUCUGAGAAGUCUCUGCACAAGCUGUGUGGUGCGAGCUCUGGUACAGUGGAGCUCCUCCCUGCACCUAGCAGCUCUGCCAACUGGACGGUCGGGCUGCCCACCGAUAACGGGCACGACAGUGACCAGGUGUUUGAGUUCAAUGGUACCCAGGCCAUCAAGGUCCCCGAGGGCAUGGUGAGCACCAGCCUGAAGGAACCCUUCACCAUCUCUGUGUGGAUGAGACAUGGCCCCGGGGCCCAUGAGAAGGAGACCAUCCUCUGCAACUCUGACAAGACAGAGAUGAACAGGCACCACUACUCUCUCUACGUCCACAACUGCAGACUGAUCCUUCUCCUCCGUCAGGAUCCAUCUGAAGCCGAGAACUACAAACCAGCCGAGUUUCACUGGAAACUUGACCAGGCGUGUGACAAAGAAUGGCAUCACUAUGUGCUGAACGUGGAGUUCCCCACCGUGUCUCUGUUUGUGGAUGGAACUACGUUUGAGCCCUUCCUGGUUACAGAGGACUACCCGCUGCACGCCUCCAAGAUUGCAUCUCAGCUCACGAUUGGUGCCUGCUGGCAAGGCGGAAACGCUCGUAUGGGUCAGUUUUUCCGAGGGAACCUUGCAGGGCUCAUGAUUCGCUCUGGAAAACUGGAGAACAAGAAGGUGAUCGACUGUUUGUACACAUGCAAGGAGGGCCUGGAUGUGCAGCUGCCUGAGGAGGUCUCUUCAGCUGUCAAGGUGGAGAUCAACCCCAACCAGUCCUCUCUGACCGUGGAGGGCGACGACAUCGAUGCCUUUGACAAGGUCAUGCAGCACAUCUCCUAUUUGAACUCUCGCCAGUUCCCCACACCUGGCAUCAGGCACCUUCGCAUCUCCACCACCGUCAAAUGCUUUAAUGAGGAGUCCUGCGUUUCGGUGCCAGAUGCUGAGGGUUACGUGAUGGUUCUGCAGCCCGAAGAACCAAAGAUCAGCCUGAGCGGCAUUGACCACUUCGCCCGCAGUGCUGCCGAAUUUGAGAGCCAGGAAGGUGUGACGCUGUUCCCCGAGCUACGCAUCGUGAGCACCAUCACCCGUGAGGUGGAGGCUGACGCUGAGACUGAAGUCACGGAGGGAGCUGAUGAUGACCCCACGGUCCAAGAGGCAGUGGUGUCAGAGGAGAUCAUGCACAACCUGGAUACGUGUGAAGUGAGUGUUGUGGGAGACGAGCUGGACGGGGAGCACGAGAGCCUGGAGGUGGACAUGUCCCAGCUGCAGCCGCGCGGCCUGGAGAUGAGCUCCUCUAACCUGGGCCUCGUCAUCACAGGUGUGAACACCAUGGCCAACUACGAACAGGUUCUGCACCUGAUCCGUUACAAGAACUGGCACACUGAGGCGCUGUUUGACAGGAAGUUCAAACUGGUCUGCUCUGAGCUCAACGGUCGCUACAUCAGCAAUGACUUCAAGGUUGAGGUGAAUGUUAUCCACACAGCCAAUCCUGUGGAGCAUGCCAACAACGCCAUGGUGCAGCCCAAUUUCAUUAACCCCAUCCAUCACGCCUCUGUGGAUCUGUCUGGUCACAACCUGGUCAACGCUCACCAAGCCUCAGUUGUUCCCAGCGCUGCCACCAUUGUCAUUGUGGUGUGCGUCAGCUUCCUGGUGUUCAUGAUCAUCCUGGGCGUGUUCCGCAUCCGUGCUGCUCACCAGCGAACCAUGACAGACCAGGAAAGUGGCAAGGAGAACGAGAUGGACUGGGACGACUCGGCUCUCACCAUCACCGUCAACCCCAUGGAGACGUACGAAGACCAGCACAGCAGUGAGGAUGAUGAGGAAGAGGAGGAGGAGAGCGAGGAUGGAGAGGAGGAAGAUGACAUCACAAGCGCUGAGUCAGAGAGCAGUGAGGACGAGGAGGGCGCCGAGCCCGAGGACCAGCAGGGGGCCAGCAGACAGCAGCAGCUGGAAUGGGACGACUCUACCCUCACCUACUAGAAUGAAUACACAAGCACUCACACACACACAAACACCAAAUGCAUAGUACACUCAACACAGCUCUCUCUGACAUACACAUCACCAACUAAAACGUACUCAGAGGGUUACACUCACACACACACACACACACACACACA